AUGCUGCGGCCGCGCUGUUUGCGGUGCCACCGCGGCGAAGGCUGUGGCAUGGCCGGCUGGGUUCGUUUCAGCAGCUCAAUCGGUGUCGAUGAAGUAAAAGCCCUGGCUGCAUUAAUGCGCUGUAGUGGAGGCCGCCUGGCGCUGGGGGGAGCCAUGCAUGGCGUGGGGAAGCGGUGGGCCCUUGCCGGGAUUCACCAGCAAGAUGUUCCUUUUGGUGGUGCCAUGGCGGGUGCGAGGAUCGAUCCGAGGAAAUACUCAGAACGUGAGCUGGAGAAAAUAACGAGGCAUUUUACUGUAGAAAUGGCCGAGAAGGGAUUUAUAGGGCCUGGGAUUGAUGUGCUGGCCCCUGAUGGGGAGCAGGAGAUGUCCUGGGGAGCUGGCACCUGCACCCACACACUGGGGUACUGGGACAUCGAUGCCCAGGCGUCUGCGACAGGAGAGCCCAUCAGCCAGGGAGGCAUCCACGGGCGACACUCCGCCACCGGGCAGGGGGUCCUGCAUGGCAUUGAGACCUCCGUCACCAACACAGGCUCCAUGGACUGCACCGGCCUGAGCCCCCGCUUCCCCGGCAAGACCUUUGCGCUGCAGCGUUUGUCCCCACGACUUCCCUCUCCCCAAACCAUCUCUGCUCCGGGGCUGCACACCAUGAACUACCCGCACGAGUACGGAGCCCGCCACGUGUGUUGGGAGACAGACGGAGCCAUUUACAAUCCCAGAGGGAUCGACCCCAAGGAGGUGGAAGAUUACGAGCAGGGCCACGGCACCGUAGUCGGCUUCCCAAAAGCAGAGCCCUGUGACGGGAUGAUCCCCAUCCCCGCCGUUCCUGAGAAGCAGCUCACGAGGGAGAACGCAGCCCGGGCGCAAGCAAAGAUCAUUGCAGAAGCUGCCAACGGCCCCGCCACACCAGCAGCACACGAGAUAUUCCUGCAAAGAAACAUCCCGGUCAUCCCGGACGGGUAUGUGAAUGCAGGUGGUGUGACCGUAUCCUUUGAGUGGCUAAGGAACCUGGACCACGUUAGCUACGGCCGCCUCAGCUUCAAGUACAAGCGGGAAUCCAGCUACCACCUCCUGCAGGCAGUGCAGCACAGCCUGGAGCAGCGGUUUGGCAAGGCCAGAGGGGAAAUCCCCAUCGUCCCAUCCCCAGCGUUCCAGGUCUGCAUGACUGGUGCCUCAGAGAAGGACGUGGUGUAUUCGGGACUGGCCUACACCAUGGAGCAGUUGGCCAAGCAAACGACGACCGCGGCUGCAAGGUACAGCCUGGCCCUGGACCAGAGAACCGCUGCCUACCUGGAGGAGGUGUUCGCUCUGUACAAUGAGGCUGGCUUCACCUACGGACACAGCACCCGGCAGGGUCACUGCCGGCCACGCGGACCCCCUGCCGUGGUGGACAUCGCUUAG